AGUCUUUGGAUGGCUGAGAGCCAACACAUCCCUUACCGAGGUCAUGCUCAAGCUGGAGCAAAUGCUGAGUUAAAGUCACUGUUUCGAAAAUUAGCUCGUCUGUACUGCAUUCCGAGUGAGGUCAUCAUCGUCUUUGAUGGACCAGCCAAGCCCGCUAUCAAGAGAGGCAAACAUGUUAUGAAGACUCCAUCAUGGUUGACAGAACCAUUCAAGCACUUUGCAGAGACACUAGGAUUUGCCGUUCAUGAUGCUGCUGGUGAGGCUGAGGCAGAACUCGCUGCACUUAGUCGCAGUGGUAUUAUUGAUGCAGUCAUCACUGAGGACAGCGAUGCCCUAGUAUUUGGGGCUUCACGUGUCUUCCGGAGCGACCCGGGUUGCCCCGACAAUGUCAUUAUCUACUCAGCUGACAAUAUUCAGAGGCAUGGACAGGUAAUGCUCUCUGAUGGCGGCCUUCUGCUUAUGGCUCUGUUAUGCGGUGGUGACUACCAUGAUGGACUUCCAGGCUGCAGGUGGAAAACUGCGCGUGGACUGGCGCAAUAUGGUGUUGGCAAUGAUCUCCUUCAAGAGGCUCGGGCUCAUUCACUCGCAUCAAGCCAUGAAGGGCUGAAGGACUAUAUACAUGGCUGGUUCCAUCGCCUGCAAGAAAUCCUUGUCAAGGAUCCACUUGGCCACAUUGGCCGGCGUCACCCCAAGUUUUUGAACAACAUUCCCAACAGUUUCCCUGAUGUGUCAGUUGUACUCGCAUAUGUCAAGCCCCCGAUCUCUGCACAGCUAGUCAAUCAUGACCCGCGCUCACUCAUCCGCUCAAAGGUCUUGGACUUAGAGAAUCUCGCAUAUCUGUGUGAGUUCCACUUUUGCUGGUCAAGAUACACGCCUCCAGGCCCAGUAAGAGAUGCAGAGAACAUGGGGACUAUGCAGAAGUUGCAGGACUACAUUUGGCCUGGUAUCUGUAUCCGCGUGCUUCUAGAGGUGAGGCCAGCACACAUUCACUGUCAUGCUGCCUUGUCCUGA